AUGAACUCGGGCGAACCUGAUGAGUCGCCGUCGAGCUCAAACGCCACUCCUACCCCCGCUCCCGUACCCUUCUCUGUCUCCCAAACCGGAACCCGGUGCCAGGAUGGUGAAGACGCGGUCGAGCUGCCUACACUACAUCACCACCGCCAUCACCGCAGAGAUGGCGACGAGGGAUCUGAGCCGUCCGACAGCGACGGCGACGAAGAAAAGAUAUUCGUCAAUCCGCUGAAGCGAGCCCGGCCAGAAUAUGAACAUGGACGGUGCACACAAGAAGAGGAGGACGCCGUCGUGCGUAAGCUGGACCGCAAGCUCGUCUUGUUCCUGGGGUUUCUCUAUAUGCUGUCGUUUCUCGACCGGUCCAAUAUUGGCAAUGCCCGAAUCGCAGGCCUGGACAAGGACCUCUCGCUCUCGUCUUCACAGUACGAUUGGCUCCUGACCGCCUUCUACAUCACUUACAUCGCCUUUGAAUGGAUGAUUCUCCUGUACCGAGUUGUGCCCCCACACGUCUACAUUUCCAUGUGUGUGCUGUCCUGGGGCUUGGUCGCGAGCCUACAAAGUCUGACUACAUCCUUCAAGGAACUGCUCAUCCUGCGUGGGCUCCUGGGUAUCACCGAGGCUGCCUUUGGCCCAGGCGUCCCCUUUUACAUGACCUUCUUCUACAAGCGCUCCGAAUUGGCGUACCGGGUUGGACUGCAGAUCUCGGCUGCGCCAUUGGCGACAAGUUUCGCGAGUUCUGUGGCCUGGGUCAUUGUGAAAGUGAGCCAAAAUGGGCCCAUUGCACCGUGGCGGGUACUCUUCUUGGUUGAAGGGUUCCCGUCCAUCAUCACGGCUGUUGCGGCGUGGUACUACAUUCCCGAUUCUCCGGCGAAGGCCCCGUACCUAACGGCGCGAGAGCGCAAAGUUGCGGUGUGGAGACUUCAGGCAGAGCAACGUCAGUCACUUUCGCACGGCGCUGCCUCAGUGUCUGGCGGUCGUCGCCUCAACAUCAAGGACAUCCUCUCCACCAUCCUCGAUCCCAGAUCAUACCUCACCGCCCUCAUGUUCCUCAGCGUGAACGUGUCCUUCAGUUCCCUCCCCGUCUUCCUCCCUACUAUUAUAAAUAGCAUGUCCUUCUCUCCUCUAACGUCGCAGGCCCUGGCCGCCCCGCCCUAUCUUUUCGCCUUCAUCUUCGUCCUUCUCGUAGGCCGAUACAGCGACAAGAUACCGGACUCACGCUCCACGUUCCUGAUCGGCGCGGCGCUGCUCAGCGCUCUAUCGUACGCCGGCAUUGCCGUUGCAGGGUCCCUCCAUGAAACCAUCGGGGAAGCAGGCAGCAUCACAAUCCGCUAUGUGGCCGUGUAUGGCGCUGCGAUGGGCUUGUUUGCAUCGGUGACGCUGAUCAUCACGUGGACAUUGAACAAUCAGGCCACCGCGACGGGGAAAGGCACAGGCCUCACCAUCCUGAACGUUGUCGGCCAAUGCGGUCCCCUCAUUGGCGUUCAUAUCUUUCCGAAAAGUCAGGGCCCCUUCUACAUCCCGGGCAUGGCUGUCUGCGCCGCCUUCAUGGCUCUGGGCGUGGCCGGGUUGGCGGCUGUGUUGAGGCUCGUCCUGCAGCGUGAGAACAGCAGAAAUGGAUUCUCGCAGUUGCAAAGGAGCGAUGAGUAUGAACUCGUGAACUCAUCCCUCGUGGCUGGGAAGUCGGAAGAGGAGGAUGUGGAUGGCCGGGCAGAGUCAGAAAGCGAUCAAGAAACUUUGAUUGGAGGAAUGACAAAGGCCCAGGGAGAAAGCGCGGGGUUCCGAUACAUGCUCUGA